AUGUCCUUGGUCCCCUCUCCAUCCCGUGGAAUAUAUACUAGUCCACAAAACGAACAGGAUAAAUCAAGAAAUCAAACUCACAAAUCAACCCAAGAAAAUCAAGAUCGACAUUCUCAUCGUCAAGAGCAAGAUUUAACAAACCAUGAUUUUCAACUCGAAUUCUUUAAAUGGAUAUUCAAGAGGAUUCAAGAAUAUAAGAAAUCCUAUCCGAAUCGGAUCGAUCUGUUUCUGUAUUUAAGUCUCAAAGAUCCCCAAGGAAACUUGAACCAACCGUCGACUGAUAAUCGUUUCAAGGCUCAGAUCGAUCGGAUUUCUUCUCUGGUUCGUGAGAUCAGAAAAUUGAGGGAGGGGAUCUUUGCUAGCGGGAGGAGAGAUUCAUUUGCGAUCGUAGUUUACGAAUUGAGUGCAGAAUUGGCUCUGGAAUCGUUGGAUUUCGCACAGUUGAAUACAUUGCUGAAUCACUUGAUCAUGGAUCUAUACCGAAACGUGCCGAUUUCUGAACAUCGGGUUCGCGCUGAAUCAAUAACGAUCGCGAACGAAGUCGAAGAACAUGAUGUUGGGAAGAUUAUAAACCGUCAGAGACGAACGAAAGAAGAAGUUCUGGACAGACGAUUGAUGUUUGCGAGAGUUUUGUUACUCUUACCGAUUGCGACCCGGUUAGACUUAAGCCGAUUUAUCGAACAAUUCGGUCAAAUUUCUCGAAUUCUAAGCGAUGAGAAUCUGCCUCAGGAUUCUACGAAUCACUCAGCCUCAAGUAAUGCGACCGUCUUGGGCAUCUCGACCGCUCAUCAACCCAAGUUACUCGAAUUGGGGAAGUUCUUCAAAUUUGUCCUGCGCAAGAAUUAUAUUCAACUGAAUCGGAAGUUCAUCAAACCCAACCUCCAAAAGAUAUUAAAAGCACACCCCCAAGAAGAGGAUUCAGUAACGCAAUGGGACGACUUGUUGUUCUUGGUCUUCCUAAAUUCAAUCAGACUGAAUUUAAUUUGGAAAGUGAUCCAGAAGUCUUACUAUCAUUUGAGCUUGGAAGAUGAUCUCUUCAUCUUCAAUUUAUUGUCCUUAGAGUUUCGAAACUUCGAUCAAUUGCGGUGUACCAGUCAAGAUCGUUCAGCUUCCAAUGUCAAUCAACUUGUCGAUUCUUGGCUACUCAAACUCAAUAUCCAACGUAACUCCAAAGGAAUCGUCCAGUUGAAAUAG